AUGGAUGUACCGCAGGACAACAUGCCGGGCCUACAGUUCCGAGAAGAGUUAUCAUGGCGCGCUGGGAAGUCCAUCGCCAUUGCGGACCUCUUGCGACGCUUACAAGCCCUGCACAAGGAGAUGAGGGACAUGGAGCAGGACGAGAGCGAGCGAGACUCUUUCACUAAAGUCGCAAAGGAUCUGGCGAGUCCAAAUUUACUGGCGCACAAGGAUAAAGGUGUCAAAGCUUGGACGGCAUGUUGUUUGGUCGAUAUAUUGAGACUCUGCGCCCCAGAUGCGCCCUACACCGGGCAACAGCUGAAGGACAUAUUCAACAUGCUGGUCACCGUGGUCCUCCCGGCGCUUUCAGACCCUUCGAACGCGUACAAUCAGCAGCACCUAUACGUCCUGACGUCUCUGUCGGAUGUCAAAAGUAUUGUCUUGCUCACAGAUAUACCGUCUUCGGAGCCAUUGAUGAUACACCUGUUCACCUCGUUUUUCGACAUCUUGGCCGGCUCCACCAAAACAUCGACUGGAGAACAACUGGGCAAGAAUGUCGAAUUCCACAUGACUUCGAUACUGGUGACAAUGGUCGACGAAUCUGCAACCUUACCCUCAGAAAUCAUUGAUGUCAUAGUCGCCCAAUUCCUUAGGACAGAUCCCCGCGCAAUGAAUGGGACUGCUGGGAAGGGCAAGAAACAUGCUGUGACGCUUGACGAAAAACAGUCAACGUUGACACUGAAGGAGUUGCCGCCAGCGUACACCAUGGCAAAGACAAUCUGUAUAUCUUCCCCGGAGAAAAUGGCAAGACAUGUCAGCCAAUAUUUCAACGAUGUGAUAGUCGACGCGUCGUCAUCCUCGGCAGCUAACAUUUCGAGCAAGAAGACAUCACAUCGAAGAGUCAGCGAUGAUCUGGAUGACUCUGAUAUGGAGAAUGGGAAUGGUCCUACAGACGAGGACCUCAACGAGCUACAUAAGGUCCAUCAAUUACUCCGAGAGUUGUGGCGCGCCUGUCCUACGGUACUACAAAAUGUGAUUCCUCAAUUGGAGGCUGAGUUGUCUGCUGAGAACGUGCACUUACGCUCUCUUGCUACGGAAACCUUUGGAGACAUUAUCUCAGGCAUAGGAGCGGCGGGGUUGCCCCCACCAUCGAUACUGGACCCGGCCGCGUUUCCACCUCUUGACUUGACCGACACAGCAGAGUCAACACUCAAUCGCAACAUUCUAACCAAACCUUCUUCCCCCCAGCCAUUCCCUCAGACAUACUCUCAGGCGUACGCUAGCUUCCUGGGAAGAAGUCACGAUAAAUCACCAGUAAUUCGGUCAGUGUGGACUACGGGCCUCGGACGAAUCUUGACAACUUCAGCUGGCGGUGUUGGCCUUGCUCAGCAAGAAGAAGAUCGUCUCAUCAAAGAACUUGCUAGGAUGCUAGGUGACGCCGAAGAGAAAGUACGUAUAGCAGCUGUGAAAGUUGUGGGAACGUUCAGCUUUCGAGAAGUAAUAUUCAAGCUAGGAUCUUCUGGUGGCUUGGAUAAGCCAGGAUCCGUGCUUGCAGUCCUCGCAGAAAGAGUGCGUGAUCGUAAGCAUGCUGUUCGAGUGGAGGCAAUGAGGGUUCUGGCCAGUCUAUGGGGCGUUGCAUCUGGAGCGGUAGCGGUUGCGGACGAGCAGGUGAUUUCGACCAUCGGAGCAGCUCCUUCCAAAAUACUGGACACAUAUUACGCUAAUGAUAUGGAUCUUAUGGUUUUGCUGGAUCACGUCCUAUAUGAGCAACUUCUUCCACUGAGCUAUCCGCCAGUCAAGGCGAAAAGUGCAAAGCUUGCAAAUGGAAUUUCGCAAAAGGUCAAAGAGAGCCAGACGAACGGAGACGUGGAAAUUGACAGCAUUGAUCCUGAUAAGAUUAGGACGGAGAGGAUCCUCGUACUCGUCAGAGACCUCGAUGAAAGGGCCAAGAAAGUGUUUUUUGCGAUCCAAACUCGUCAAACUCAGCUAGCAAAAGUCAUGACAGCAUACCUGCAGCGCUGUGAAGAUUACAAUGGAGGCGUCAUGGACGAAAAUGAGAAGCCGGUAAAGGAACACAUGGCACGACUUAUUGACACUUUCGCACACUUGCUACCAGAUUCAUUGAAAGCCGCGGAGAGUCUGUGGAAGUUUGCGAAAAUGCACGACCGUCGUAGCUAUCAGCUGAUACGCUUUUGCAUGGCGCCAGAAAGUGAUUAUCGGACUGUGGUUAAGGCUAUAAAAGAGUUCACAAAGCGCAUCGAACAAUCGGCUACUGCACCGCAGGAGCUCCUCAACAUUUUAAUCCCCGUUCUUUACCGAGUCAGUCUCCUGGUGUACAAUAAGAGCCAUGUUGCAGCUAUCAUGGAGUAUUCAAGGACCGACGACAAGUCCUUGGCCGCGACCGCUCAUGAGCUGCUCAGAGAGAUCUCCACUCGAACGCCCGAAAUUCUGAAAGCUCACGUUCAGGAGAUCUGCACGAUACUCCAAGAUGAAGCCCCCAAUUCAAAGAAGACGAAUGACGCGGGGGCAGUAGAUAAUCUGAAGGCGUGCGCUUCCUAUGCCUUGAAAUUCGCAGAUGAGAUUCCCCAAGAUCGGAAAUUUGUACAAGCAAUGACAAGUUUCGCUCUUCACGGCACUCCAGCAGAGGCAGCUAAACAUGCGGUCACUAUCAUUAUGACCGCCUCGGACAAGAAAGAGCUCUUGGCGAAAGAUCUUAUCACCAAGUGCGUCAAUGGCUUCGAGUACGGGGGAGAAGGAUUUCUUGCUCGUUUGGCCACCCUCUCCCAGUUCAUGCUUCUUGCACCCCACCAGGCCAAUCAAGAGAGCGAUGCCAUCAGUGACAUCGCAAUCGAAAAGGUCCUACUUCAGGUCCGGACGUCAUCUACAGAACCCUCAGAGUCCUAUUUAUGGUCACCUACCCUGGAAACAGAAUGCGAAGCAAAAUGCUGGGCUCUGAAGAUCCUGGUGAACCGCAUCCGCUCUCAUCCAGAGCCUGAUACCCUUGCAGAGGUGGCGAGUCCGGUUUACAAACUUCUUUCGACUCUUGUCACCAAGAACGGAGAAGUCUCAAGCGCCCAAGACACACCACCUGCACAUAAGGCUCGACUUCGUCUCACCGCCGCCUGCCUAUGCCUCAAAUUAUGCACCAAAAAACAUACAGACGCCCUUUUCACACCUACUGCCUUCAAUGCCCUCGCCUUGGUAGCGCAAGACCCUGUUCUCAACGUCCGCUCCUUCUUCAUGCAGCGGCUGAAGAAGUACCUCGGCCAACAGAAACUCCCACAGCGCUUUUAUACCAUCCCCUUCCUCCUCGCCUUCGAACCCAGCGCCUCCCUGAAAUCUGAUAAUACAACCUGGAUUCGCAGUCGUACCGCAGCCUUCUACGCGCUCAGAGCUCAGCAGUCCUCAUCCAAAGGGAAUAUCGUUAUGGAAUCUGUCUUCGCUCGUCUACUUUCUUUGCUAGCCCACCACCCUGAUUAUGAUAACACAGCCGAGGACCUUGUCGAUUUUGCGCGAUACCUGCUCUACUACUUACAACCUGUCGCCACCGAGGAGAAUCUUUCCAUAAUCUAUCACAUUGCACAGCGGGUCAAGCAAUCCCGCGAUGCUACUAAUCCUUCGUCAGCAUACGAUAACAGUCUCUACCACCUCAGCGACCUGGCCCAACUCACCAUCCGCAAAUAUGAAGACGCACAUAGCUGGAACAUUCAAACACUGCCGGGCAAGGUCCGCCUGCCAACGAGCCUAUAUACCGAGCUGAAGGAUCACGAGGAGGCGCAGCGGAUCGCAGAGAAAAAUUACCUUCCAGAGGGCGUUGAAGAAGGCGUCGAGGGCUUGGUGAAAUUGAGCAUGCGCGCUGCACGCUCGCAGGGCAAGAAGCGGAGGAGUGAGGGCGAUCACGAGGUCAAUGGUAGGGAUAGCAAACGUGCGAAGCAAAUACCAACACGAAAAGCUUUACCCAAGGAGAAGAAAGCUAAGCCCGCUUCCACUACGAUGAAGCCACCAAAGAAGACAAAGAGAAAGAAUGACGAGGAAAUGGUGCCAUCAAGUCAACGGAGGAGGAGUGGGAGAAUACAGACGACUGGCGGAGCGUAUAAAGAGAGGGGCGAUGAAGAGGAUGACGAGGAAAUGGGGGAAGGGGUUGCUGUUUGGAGGUAUGAAGACGGUGAGGAAGUCAACGGUGACGACACAAGUGAGCAGGAAGCAGAAGACCAAGAGGAAGAGGAAGUUGAUGAGUCGACUCCGAAACCCUCGCCCAAGCCCUCGCCGAAAGCGAAGAAGGGUGCUCUAAUUGCGGGGGGCGGAAAGAAGCACGCGAAAGGGAGGUAG